AUGAACGAUGAGACAGAGAGAGAAAUUAUUUCAGAUGACAAAGAAGCAGAAGCAGCGUUACAUAAAAAUCACUUAUCAAUGCUAGAUCGUCUCUCCAAACGGCAACAAUCCCGUUCAACCAACUCCACCGAACCUUCCACCGAAUCAACUUCCUCCUUCUUUUCUGGAUUCUCCCGACUAAAAUCCUCUAUCGAAUCUCUUAUCGCCGAGUCCCAAUCAAUUACUUUUGAUCCAUCUCAGCUCAAACCUCACUUCGACAAAAUAUCCGAAUCAAUCUCCGAUUUGGAAAAACUCGUCGUUCAAAGCUCCUAUUUUCUUCCUUCUUAUGACGUUUGA